ACUGUAAACACUUGUGCAGAAUGUCCGAGAACAAGAAAAAAGGGAAAGGAAAGAGCAAAAAGAACAAAGAAGGGAAAAAAGGGGAAAGAGAACCUGACCCAGGAAAAGCUGUUCCUCCCAAACUGAAGAAACUGAAAAGCCCAAACGUUCAUGUGGGUGAGAAGAUCUCCCUGAAAUGUGAGGCGACUGCUGGAAACCCUCAGCCAUCCUACAAAUGGUUUAAAGAUGGGAAAGAGCUGAAGAAGAGCAAAGACAUCCGGAUCAAGUAUGGGAAUGGGAAAAAGAUUUCCAGACUGCAGUUCAACAAGGUGAAGCUUGAAGAUGCUGGGGAGUACAGCUGCGAAGCGGAGAACGUUUUAGGGAAAGACACCGCAAAAGGCAGCCUGAAUGUGAAAAGUGGAACAACGAAAACACCACAAGUCUUACCAGCCUCAGAAACUAAAAUAGUUGUUAUGGAAGAAGAGUUAACCACAACUCUCUCCUCCUGGUCCGGGCAUGCCAGAAAAUGCAACGAAACAGCCAAGUCCUAUUGUGUCAAUGGAGGGGUGUGCUACUACAUCGAGGGGAUUAAUCAGCUGUCGUGCAAAUGUCCAAAUGGAUUCUUCGGACAGAGAUGUUUGGAGAAACUGCCUUUGCGAUUGUACAUGCCAGAUCCUAAGCAAAAAGCAGAGGAGCUCUACCAGAAGAGGGUUUUAACCAUCACGGGAAUCUGUGUUGCCUUGCUUGUGGUGGGCAUCGUCUGUGUGGUAGCUUACUGUAAAACCAAGAAACAAAGAAAACAAAUGCAUAACCACUUGCGGCAGAACAUGUGUCCUGCUCAUCAAAACCGGAGCCUUGCGAACGGGCCAAGCCAUCCACGUUUGGAUCCUGAGGAAAUCCAAAUGGCUGAUUAUAUUUCUAAGAAUGUUUCUGCCACUGAGCACGUGAUCCGAAGGGAAACAGAGACAACCUUUUCGGGAAGUCACUCCUGCUCCCCAUCUCAUCACUGCUCCACAGCCACUCCAACGUCCAGCCAGAGACAUGAAAGCCACACCUGGAGCUUGGAGCGAACAGAGAGCCUGACUUCAGAUUCCCAGUCUGGGAUAAUGCUGUCCUCAGUGGGAACCAGUAAAUGCAACAGCCCUGCGUGCGUGGAGGCACGGGCUCGCCGCGGGGCCACCUUCUGCAUCGAGGACCAGCGGAGGCCCACGACGCAGUACCGCGACUCGGUGGAUUCCCUGCGGGACUCGCCCCACAGCGAGAGGUACGUGUCGGCCCUGACCACACCAGCACGCCUGUCGCCUGUUGACUUCCACUACUCGAUGACCACGCAGGUGCCCACCUUCGAGAUCACCUCCCCCAACUCGGCGCACGCCGUGUCCCUGCCGCCGGCGGCCCCCAUCAGCUUCCGCGUGGAGGAGCAGCAGCCCCUCCUGCGGCGCUACCAGCUCCCCUUCCAGGACACGCAGAGGUACGACAGCUACUACCAAAGGAAGACCUACCUAAACGACAGCAUGGGGAGCCUGCCCUCCAGCCCCUUCCGCAUCACAGAGGACGACGAGUACGAGACGACGCAGGAGUACGUCACAGCGCUAGAGCAGCCAAAGAAAACAGCCAGCAGCAACAGGCGGUGGAAAAAAUCCAAACUGAACGGGCACAUCCCUCACAGAGCCAGAGCCGUCCGGGACUCCUUCUCCUUGAGCAGCGCCUCUUACAGCGAGUCUGACGAGGAGCUGGUGGCCGAGAGCACCCCGUUCCUAAGCACUCAGAACAAUGAGGCGGCGCACACAGAGUCGCCGCCGCUGCACCGGCCGGGCGACAGCCGGACUCACUACUCGUGCCGCGGGCACAGCGCGCACGGCGAUGGCGGCCGCGGCAGCCUGGGCCACGUGGCGCCCAAAGCGGACCCCGACCCUCUCUAGGCGCCUCCCGCGCUCCUGCGCGCGCAGCCGUGACCCGCAUGGAGGAGGCCGAGAGGAGGGAGGCCGAGGCGAGACAAAAACCACACAAAACAAAACAAAAAAACAAAACAAAACAAAAGAAAACAAAAAAAUAAAUAUUUUUAUUUUAUAUAAAAGAGGGAAAAACAAAAAAUAUAACAAAUAAAAAUGUUUUAUUUUCAUUUUAGCAAAGUUGUCUUAUAAUAGCUAACGACAAUGACUUUUUUAUAGGGAAUCUCUAUUUAUAUGUAAUGUCUUGAUUUACAGCUUCCGAGAAAAAAAAAGUAAAAAAAAAAAAAAAAAGAAGAAAAGAAAACAAACAAUAAAGUUAAAAAAAAAGUGGGCCAAUUUUUGACUACUUAAAAAUAGAAAACAAAACUAUCGUGGUGCCUUUUGCUGUAUGCUAGUGCUGGGAUUCAUGCCGAGGAUUCUGUUUCAGUAGCAUUUUUAAGGUCAUAGAUUUUUGUUUGGGAGACAACCUGUCACAAGGGCGCUUUUCUGUUGGAAGAAAACAGCCUUGCCACUUUGCCCCGUACCCUGCUAUUAAUGAUCUUAUUCUUUAAAGUAUUGUUUAAACACACAUUAAGGACAUGAGUGGGAGCAUUUCCAUUAUCAUGUCUAACGAGGAUCUGUCUUGCCCUGUAAACUACUUGUAUUUCCGCUUAAAUCAGGAGAAAAAGAAACCCAACAGCACUGUGCUGAAAUGCAGAAAUAACGUUUCUUUUGCCACACAGGUAGGAAGAGAAAAUGAAAUCGCGCAGCAGCAGCAGCAGCCCUUACAAUAUAGCUCUCAACCUUUGGCCAUCUCACCGGUGGGUCUGGAGUGGGGUUGGCACAGGUUUGUAGUGAAGCCAGGCAGACACCCCUGUGACCAUGGUGGAUCACACCUGUCACGUACCCUUGAAUCCGGGUCGCUGAGCCAGCCCUGGCAGCUGGCCCUGCACGGGGGUCCCGGUGGGCGGCUCCGUUCAGCCGCGGCGCCCGUGGCCACGUGGCCGCCCCACCGCCAUGCUGGCCGCGGCGUCCCCUCGGCUGAGCGUUGGCCAUGGCGCGUGGGGCCACGGAGCUGUGGUGACACCCUUGGCCGGGGUGCUGGGGGACACCCACAAGGCGGUCCCGUGGCACUGACGGCCGCGUGUCACCCUGGGCACGGAGCCAGGCGGUCACCACCCACGCUGCCCCAAGGGUCAGUAGGACCCCGAGUGCUUUGGGCUCCGCUUGUGGCCCCUGGCUCGGCCGGGCAGGGCCCUGCGUGGGGCAGCCCAGCGAGCGGAUUCUCCCGUACGGCCGUGCCACGUAUUGUAAAGACAGUUGUUACCGUCACGUCCUGCCAUCGAUGACGGACGUCGCGUUCCCAAACUCGGAGCAGCUCUGGCCAUCGGCUCUGUGGCGCAAAGAGACAGUCCUGCGUGUCCAGGCGGCAGAGCAUCCCCCGUGGAAGUGCCCCCCUCUCCUCAGUUCUCUGCAGCAAACCUGUUUACAUUGUAGCCUGACUUUUUUCUUUUUAUAUUUUUACUUCUGCAUGUCCUUUGCAUUUCAGAUACUGUAGAUUGGAUGCAUGGUGAAGCUGUGACUGAGAAGAUAAUACAACAAUUGACAGUGUAUUAUUUCAUUUAACUUUUAGCAAUAAAGUAACUAAACCCUCUAUUCCUCACCCAUGAUGGGGUCAGAUAGAAAACUCUGCUAAUUUGUCAUAAGAUGAUUGUCAAAGUUUGCUCUGGAUUGUCUGAAUGUCAGAACUCUUGACUGUUUAACACUUGAACAUUUUUUAUAUUAUAAAUAAAAUAAGAAAUAACAAG